AUACUUUUAAGCUGAAGAUGAAACCUGGAAAGGCUUAUCUUCUUCGAUUGAUCAAUGCUGCACUUAAUGACGAGCUUUUCUUCAGCAUCGUGAAUCAUACUCUUCGAGUUAUCGAUGCUGAUGGCGUUUAUGUUAAACCCUUUGAGACAGAUACCCUUAUUAUUACACCAGGACAAACUCACAAUGUUCUUCUCAAAACUAAACCUCAUUUUCCUAAUGCCACAUUUUACAUGACUGCUCGGCCAUAUGUGACGGGUCCUGGCACAUUUGACAACUCUACUGUUGCUGGAAUUUUAGAGUAUGAAUCAAAAUCAAAACCCCAUUUGAAAAACCUACCAUUUUUUAAGCCAUUACUUCCUGCUCUCAAUGACACCACUUUUGUCACCAAUUUUACGAGUAGAUUAAGAAGUCUUGCUACUCCUCAAUUCCCUGCUAAUGUACCUCUAAACGUCGAUAGACAUUUAUUUUUCACAGUAGGUCUUGGAACAAGUCCUUGUGAUCAUAAUAAAACUUGCCAAGGACCAAAUGGCACAAAAUUCUCAGCUUCAGUUAAUAAUGUAUCUUUUAUACAACCUACAACUGCACUUCUCCAAUCUCAUUUCUUUGGACAAUCCAACG